ACGACUUGGAAGGUUGAUAGCUUUGGCUUCUUUGUGUGUGUUGCUUUAUGGAAUUGUGUGUUGCCAGGAUAAGGAUCCUGGAGUAGAAUUCCCUGCUCCCAGUCCAAGAGUUCCAGUGAGAAGCAAGAGGUGGGGCGACUGGAGCUCCUGACUGAAGCAGGAGACACCCUCAGUUCUGGGUGACAAAAAGGAGGGGAAACUGAGGGGUUGAAGACAGAGAUGAGAGUGAAGGUGGCCGAACUGGGUGCUAAAGGAUCCACUGUCCCAGGCCUUACCCUUCCAGGACUGUGCUGUUCUCCAAGAGAAAAGCCAAGAAAAGAAGGCGAAAAUGACAGUUGAACUAGUGACAGCCAUACCUCAGGACUUGGUGACAUUCAAGGAUGUAGCAAUAGACUUUUCCCAGGAGGAAUGGGAAUGGCUGAACCCUGCUCAGAGGAGUUUAUACAGGAGUAUGAUGUUGGAGAACUAUCAGAGCCUGGUAUCAGUGGGACUUUGUAUCUCUAAGCCAUAUGUCAUCUCCUUAUUGGAGCAAGGGAAAGAGCCUUGGGAGAUGAAGAGUGAGAUGAGAAGAACCCCAUUCCCAGAUUGGGAAUCUGUAUAUGAGACACAAGAAUUACCUCUGAAGCAGUUUGUGUGUGAUGAUGUAUUAAUGGAGAGAAUUAUAAGCCAUGGACUUGACUGUCCCACUUUUGGAGAAGAUUGGAAAUGUGAAGAUCUUUUUGAGAGGCAGUUGUUAAGCCAAGAGACAUUUAUCAGGCAAGAAACAAUCACUCAUAAAGAAACCCUUACAGUGGAAAUAGACCACAAAUAUAACAAAUCUGGGAAAUUUGUCCCACUAGACAAUAUAGAAGAGAAUAUUUAUAAUCACAAGUCAGAUAAAAAAAGCUUUUCCAAAAAUUCCAUGGUAAUAAAACACAAGAAAGUCUAUGCAGGAAAGAAACAUUUUAAAUGUAAUGAAUGUGGGAAGACCUUCACCCAGAGCUCAUCCCUUACUGUUCAUCAGAGAAUUCAUACUGGAGAGAAACCCUAUGAGUGUAAGGAAUGUGGGAAAGCCUUCAACCAGAGUCAACACCUUGCCCAGCACCACAGAAUACAUACUGGAGAGAAACUGUUUGAAUGUAAGGAAUGUAGGAAAGCCUUCAGCCAAAAUGUUCACCUUAUUCAACAUCAAAGAAUUCAUACUGGAGAAAAACCAUAUAAAUGUAAGGAGUGUAGAAAAGCCUUCAGCCAGCCUGCGCACCUUGCUCAGCAUCAGAGAAUUCAUACUGGAGAGAAGCCCUAUAAAUGUAAGGAAUGUGGAAAGGCCUUCAGUGAUGGCUCAUCCUUUGCACGACAUCAGAGAUGUCACACUGGCAAAAGACCCUAUGUAUGUAUUGAAUGUGGGAAAGCCUUUAGGCAGAACACAUCCCUUAUCCGUCACUGGAGGUAUUAUCACACUGGGGAGAAACCCUUUGACUGCAUCGACUGUGGGAAAGCCUUCAGUGAUCACAUAGGACUUAUUCAGCAUAGGAGAAUUCAUACUGGAGAGAAACCCUACAAAUGUAAUGUGUGUGGAAAAACCUUCAGCUAUGGCUCAUCCCUGACUGUCCAUCAGAGAAUUCACACAGGAGAGAAGCCGUACGAAUGUGAUAUCUGUGGGAAAGCCUUUAGCCAUCAUGCCUCACUCACUCAGCACCAAAGAGUGCAUUCUGGAGAGAAGCCUUACGAAUGCAGGGAAUGUGGGAAGGCCUUUAGGCAGAGCAUACACCUUGCUAGUCACCUGAGGAUUCAUACUGGGGAAAAACCCUAUGAAUGUAAAGAAUGUGGAAAAGCUUUUAGCAUCAGUUCACAGCUGGCUACUCAUCAGAGAAUUCAUACUGGAGAGAAACCUUAUGAAUGUAAGGAAUGUGGCAAAGCUUUCAACCAGAGAGCACACCUCACACAGCAUCAUAAAAUUCAUACCGGAGAGAAACCUUAUGAAUGUACUGAAUGUGGAAAAGCCUUCAGCCAGACUACCUGCCUUAUUCAACAUCAGAGAGUUCACACGGGAGAGAAACCCUAUAAAUGUACUGAAUGUGGGAAGGCCUUUAGUGAUAGCUCAUCCCGCUCUCAGCAUCGGAGACUUCACACUGGCCAAAGGCCCUAUGAAUGUGUUGAGUGUGAGAAGGCAUACAGAACAAAAUCGUCACUCAUUUGUCAUCAAAGAUGUCAUACGGGGGAGAAACCUUAUGAAUGUAGCAUGUGUGGUAAAGCCUUUAGCCAUCGGCAAUCCCUUACCGUUCAUCAGAGAAUUCACUCUGGAGAAAAACCAUAUCAGUGUAAAGAAUGUAGGAAAACCUUCAGCCAGAUUGGACACCUUAAUCUACAUAGAAGAAUCCACACUGGAGAGAGAUCUUACGAAUGUAAGGAAUGCAGAAAGGUCUUCAGACAAAGUGCGCACCUUGCUCAUCAUCAGAAAAUUCAUGUUGUAGAGUCAUCUCGGGCCCCCAGCUCUUCCUCACCUUCUGUGUCACCAAGUCCUGUUGAUAUGUCUGCUGAAUAUUUUUGGAAUUCAUCCACAUCUUUCCAUUCUCGUUGCCCUAGUCCAAAACACUGUCAUUUCACCUGGACUAUUCCAAUUGUCUAAUAACUGGUCUCCUUGCAUCUUC